AUGGUGUUAGAGGAGGGGGAGUGGAUUCGUCCAAGAGAUAGACGCAGAGAGAAAUUCAUCAAGCCUUGGGAUAAUGUUAGAACAAGGAGUAUCCUACAUAACAAUCCAUCAACAACUUAUUAUUUCACAUCCUUCCCAGAUAACAUGCGGGCAAAGGAUUUGUUUGCGGUGUUCAAAGAUUUUGGAGAGAUAGACGAAGUUAUCAUUCCUAAGAGAAGGAACAAGAAAGGAAAAAAGUUUGGUUUUGUUCGUUUUUUUGAUGUACGUGAGGCUGAUGUAUUGGCAACCAAACUCGAUAAUAUUUUCAUUGGAGGUUCAAAACUUUUCGUCAACCUGCCUCGCUUUGAUCGUAGAAAGGAAGUCAGGGGAGUAAAACAAGUUAUUUCUUCACAGAGUAGAUUUGUUAGAAAAGAAGAGAUCAAGAAAAACUUUGUCGAUGGUCGGUCCUUUGCUGCGGUCACUUCGAAUAAGGGGGACCAUCCGAUAGAGAAGGCAGCUCAGUUGGAAUACAAUAUGGGAGAAGAUGAAGUAUGGCAGAGAUUUCGGGGCGCUUACGUGGGUGAAGUACGUUAUGCUAGUUUAACCUACAACUUACAAGAGGUGCUUGAUGGGGAAGGUGUGUUUGGAAUAAAAAUUACACCAUUAGGAGCGAAUCUAUGUCUCAUGGAAGCAAGAGAUGAUAAGGAUGUGUUCAAUGACUUGAUAGAAGAUAAAGAUUCGAUUUUAGAAAAAUGGCUUGGCAAGAUUCAACCGUGGAAACCUGAGGCAGUGGAUAAGGAGAGAGAUUUAGGUUUUUUCGAGUUCAUCUCUAAGCCUUGGGGUUCUUUCAUCAUGGCGGCUGCAGAGACUAGGAAUCAGGAGAAGAUGGAUGUUGCUCAUUUUUUGAUCCGCGCACGUUAUCUCUCAACUAUCGACGAGAAGAUCACUGUGAAAAUCAGUGGUUCUAUUUUCACACUUAAAAUAGUGGAAGAUUGA